CCGACUCGCGCGGCCUCAUGGCCGGCCAGGCGAUCUCGCGCGGCUGCAGGUUAACGAAAACUGAGAUGUGGUUACUCACUAGUCACUACUACAACAAUUACCUUAAAAAAAUAAAAAUAAAAAAACCGUCCGGCCUUGUGUGUGUGUGUGUGUGUUUUUUUGACUGCUUCGGUCAGUCUGUGUCCGGCAUUGCGUUGCACUGUUCAAGGUGGCAAACGGACCCUUUCACGAAACAAAGACCACGGGAAAAGAACCCGACACGCGCAACCUUUACGACAGAUGUGGAACCAAUACCAACCAUACACCCCCGGCCGCCGCCGGCAUCGUUUCUUUCCUCCAUCUUCUUCUUGUUCUUCUUCCAGACCUGGUCAUCAGGCCAGGCGACGGGUGGCAGGAAGGCGGGGAUAAGACCAAGCGGACAAGGCAGGUGCCGGCUAGCUAUUACUAGAACCACCAAACCAUCGAAAUCUUCUCUGCCCAAUCGCGCGCGUGGUAAUACUAAUCCUCCUGCGUUCCCCACACACGUACGCUAUAUAUAAAUCCUCCUCCUCGUCGUCGCCGCCGUCGCAGAUCGCCCGCCCGCCCGCCCGCCUAUGCUGCUGUUAUAAUAAAACAAACCAACAUCUCCGUCGGCUGACGCUGAUCCACCGCUGCUGCUCGCUGCUAACCGAUCGCCUCUUCCCCGGUUCCGCGCCGUCAGCCAGCAUGAGCCGAGGGGCGGGGGGCGGCGGCGGCGGGAAGCUGGGCCAGCACGUGAGCUGGCUGUGGCGUGGCCCGCGCCGGGCGCUGUGCGCGGCGCGCGACCUGUACGUGCGCAGCCUCACGGGCUGCGCGGGCCACCUGCCGGGCGACGCCGCCUUCGGCUACCCGACCUUCGCCGCCGCGCCGUCGUUCGGCAGCUUCGCGUCCUCGUCCUCGUCGCGCCGCGCCUCGGACGCCGACCAGGACCUGCGGGAGCUCGUCCGCGCCGCGUCCCAGCGCCGCGCCGCCGAGCUGGAGCGCCAGCGCCACCCGGCCGCCGUGCCGCGCAGCCGCAGCGUCGCCGCCGCCGCCAUGGCGCGCAUCGACGAGGACGGGCCCUGCGACUUCGCCUCCUCCGCCGCCGCCGUGUUUCCCAGGAGCCGGAGCUUCGCUCCCGGAGCUGGACGCGUCGUCGGUGUCGCCGGCCGCAGGGGCAGCGUGGCCACCCUCGCCGCCUGAUGCUUCUCCCCACCUCCUCCUCGUCGUGAUCAUGAUUUGAUGCUUGGACAGAGGUUUCAGAACCUCUCCUCAUCUUUUUUUUUUUUCUUCACGCAAGACGCAACCGUUGUUUGUAUAUUCUACUGUAUCUGCUAGUGGAGUCAUGGUACAGAAAGAAAAUUUGUUUCUCUUUUA